UUGGCUUUAGGGCACAUGUUAAAAAAAGUCCUAUGAGAGGGGACGGCAGAAAAUACAAGGCAAGGAAGAAGCAGUGAGGGGAAUAUCUGGGAUGAGAUUUUACGGGAGCCCUGUUUGUAUCUUUCUCUUUUGUAGUUCUUGCAAGUAUUAAGAAAUAAUCUCCCAUCCUGUGACAGCUUCCAAAGGCACGAGGAACUGAAAAUAUACAGCAGGAUCCAUAAACGUGUUAGGGCAAGAGUGACCCAGCUUCAGUUUCCAACAUCCCAAAAAGCAAGUGGAUUCAUACCUUUGGAUUAUGCUCUUACAAACAAGGCUCAGAAGAUGAGAGGGUUUACUGCCCUGUUGGUGGCACUACAUUCAUUAGCUUUUUAUCCUGAAAGAAGCUCAGCGCAACAAGCAAGGUGUGAGAAUGUCUACAACUCGGAUAUUGUUUUCAUCGUGGAUGGUUCGUCCAGCAUUGGUCAGGCAAACUUUCGGAUGAUCAAGUCCUUUAUGGAAGGGGUGGCCAUUCCCUUUAUAAAUGUUAUCGGUAGGGAAGGUAUUCGUUUUGGCUUAGUCCAAUACAGUGAUGAUCCCAGAACAGAGUUUACAUUUUCCACUCACCGGAAUGGCACAGAAGUGAUUCAAGCUAUCAGAAACGUGGGCUACAAAAAAGGAAACACAAGGACCGGUGCUGGGUUGAGAUAUGCCGGGGAUAAUUUCUUUGGACCUACAAUCAUCCGACCUAAUGUCCCUAAGGUUGCAAUUUUGAUAACAGAUGGAAAAUCUCAGGAUGAUGUAGACCCUCCAUCUCAAAGACUAAAAAAUCAAGGAGUUAAAGUUUUUGCUGUGGGAAUUAAGAAUGCAGAUAGUCGGGAGUUGACCAGAGCUGCAUCCACUCCAACUGAAGAUUUCUUCUUCUAUGUCAAUGACUUCAGAAUCCUUGGCUCCUUGCUCCCUGUGGUGACUCGGAAAGUUUGCACCAGCACUGGUGGUGUUUUGAUUACUGAUUCCACUUCCCAGACUUAUACAGGACCCUCCAACCUGGUUUUCUCUGAUCAGACAGCCAAUUCAAUGAGAAUCCAAUGGUCUGCAGCGACUGGCCCAGUUACUGGCUAUAAAGUUCUGUACGUUCCUCUCACAGGUCUGGGACAGCAGAUUCCAGCAGAGCUCAGAGAAAUCACUGUUACUGCAGGGCAGAAUGCCGCCGUGCUGCAGGGCCUGAGAGCUGCAACUGAAUAUUUAGUUACUGUUACAGCUUUGUAUGUUAACAGCAUUGGCGAAUCUGUUUCUGGCAGAGGAAGAACGGUGAGUCCUCUUGGCAUAUCCAACUUCCGCAUAGUGCAGUCUGGUCCCUCCUUUCUGAGACUGGCAUGGACCCCUGCUGGAACUGAAUCCCCAGUGGGCUACAGGCUUACCUACGCUAUAAGAGGUGCCAGUAGGACAGAAGAGAAGACCUUGGGUGCUGGCACAACAUCAGAUACUCUGAGUGACCUAAAACCUAACACUGAAUAUGUUCUUGUUCUUUACCCUCGAUACCAGAGUCAGGCUGGAAAUCCUGUCACUAUUACCGGCCGCACUCAGCAAAUUGAAGGAGUUGUGCAGCUCUCCCUGCAGGAUGUUACAUCACAGAGCAUGACUGCAACGUGGAAUAGGGUCAGUGGCGCCACUGGAUAUCGCAUUUCCUGGGUGUCUCGAUCAGGAGAAGAUGCAAAGGAUUUUGAUGUGGAAGCCAAUACAAACUCAUUAUUUCUACAAAACCUCUUGCCCAACACUGAGUAUACAGUGUCUGUAAGCCCAUUGUAUGGGUCAGUUGAGGGCCCAGCUGCAUCAACCAGAGUAAAAACAGAGUCAGCAGUGGGUGGAGUUACAGACCUUCGAGUGUUGGAAAGAGGAACCAACCGCCUGCGCAUUGCAUGGACUGGCAUUGCUCGUGCAACUGGAUACCGGGUCACCUGGAGACACAGUGAUGGUCGUCAACUGACCAGGACCCUGCCUGCCGAUGUGACAUCCUUUGACAUUGAAGGUUUGCAGGCCAAUUCUAUCUAUGUAAUAGGGGUAUCAGCCCUGGUCGGUAAUUCAGAAGGCAGCCCUGUGACGAUCACAGCACAGACAGAAGAUGACUCUGUGAGUGAAGUUACCAAUCUGAGAAUUGUGAGUGCUGGAGAAACCACAAUCAGAAUUGCAUGGAGACCCGUUCCAAGGGCCACCACUUACAGGAUCACUUGGAGACGUAGUGAUGGUGUUGAAGUUUCGCAGAUAGUGACUAGAGACAUCACUUCAUUGGAUAUUCCUGAUUUAGUUCCUGGGACUUCUUAUACUGUAUUUGUGUCAGCGAUUGUUGGCAGCAGGGAAAGUAACCCAGUUGCAAUCACUGCUCAGACAGAAGAUGACUCUGUGAGUGAAGUUACCAAUCUGAGAAUUGUGAGUGCUGGAGAAACCACAAUCAGAAUUGCAUGGAGACCCGUUCCAAGGGCCACCACUUACAGGAUCACUUGGAGACGUAGUGAUGGUGUUGAAGUUUCGCAGAUAGUGACUAGAGACAUCACUUCAUUGGAUAUUCCUGAUUUAGUUCCUGGGACUUCUUAUACUGUAUUUGUGUCAGCGAUUGUUGGCAGCAGGGAAAGUAACCCAGUUGCAAUCACUGCUCAGACAGCGCUGGAGCAAGUUGGAAGUGUAACCAGUCUGCAAGCUCUCGAAAGGAACAACAUUGUCCAAGUGACCUGGGUGGGAGUACAAGGAGCCACAUCCUACAAGGUUUCCUGGAUCCCUGUAGAUGGUGGUCCAGAGCAAUCCAGGGAGGUGCCUGGAAACAUCAAUUCAUUUGAACUCAUAAAUGUGAGACCAGGAGUGAGGUACACAGUGAAAGUUACAGCACUAAUAGGCACUAGACAAGGACAACCUGUCACCGCCAGUGUCACAACACCGGAUGUUCCCUCUGUAACUCCAGUAAGAGACCUCCGUGUUUCAGAUGUGUCACAGCAGCGCAUACGACUGAGUUGGAGCACUGUUCCUGGGAGCACUGGGUACCGGAUCUAUUGGCGAAGAUCUGAUGGGGGUCCAGAAACAAGUCGGCUGGUAUCAAGAGAUGAGAGAUACAUCGAUAUUGACAAUUUGCAAGUUGGUGGGCGAUAUGAAUUUCGUGCUGUAGCUUUGUUUCGGAAUCGGGAAAGUGAAGCUGUUUCAGUCUUUGCUAACACUGCAUGUGGAACUGGCCGUACAGAUGUCGUCUUCUUGGUCCAUGCAACCCAGGAUAAUGCAUACAAUGAAGAGGAUGUGAAAAAUUUCCUUUCCAAAGUGAUGUCUUCUAUAGGACAGCUGGGGCCUGAUGCCACCCAGGUUGGUCUGGGUUCUUACAGCUUUAGAGCAAGACCUUGGAUCCUUCUGAAUCGUUCCAGUGAUCUCAGCACAGUCCUCCAACAAAUUAGGACCAUUCCUUUUGAAGAGCCAAGUGGGACCUCCGUAGGUGCUGCCAUAAACUUUGCAAAGAACUACAUGUUUACAACGAGCUAUGGAAGGCGAAAUAAUGUCCCUGGGGUUUUGGUUGUGUUGGCGGAUGGACCCUCAGGAGAUGAUGUGUCAGAAUCAGCAAGAGUCAUCAAGGAUGCAGGGUUUAAAGUUCUGGCCGUUGGGAUGAAUGGUGCAGAUCAGGAGCAGUUACGACGAAUAGUCUCCAGACAAAGCCCCCGGAAUGUCUUUUACACCAGGGAUUCUGGCAAUCUUGAUAGCCUUGUGGAUGGCCUUACAGGGGCUAUUUGCACUAUAACCCCAGUGGAAGAGCCUUGUACAGUUCAAUGUCCACAGGGUGAAAGGGGACAGAAAGGAGAAUUGGGCAGUGCAGGACGGCCGGGGGCAGCUGGACCUGCUGGAGAGCCAGGACGCAAUGGCAUUCCUGGCCAACCCGGUCCUGUUGGUCCUCGUGGUCCCCCAGGGGUGGGAACAGAAAGUGGACAGAAAGGAGAAAUAGGAGAUCCAGGCGCUGAUGGUAUUCCCGGAAAUCCGGGCCGUCAUGGAAACCCUGGCAAUCCAGGCUCUCCUGGGAGUAAAGGCUCACAAGGAGAGAGGGGAUAUCCAGGAGAAAGAGGAUCUCUAGGGCCAGCUGGUCCCAAGGGAGAAAAGGGAAUUCCGGGUGAACCAGGGGAAGUUAUAAAUGGUGGAGGUGGUGGUGGAAUUCCCGGAAGAAAAGGAGAGCCAGGAAAUCCAGGAAUACCAGGCCAGCCAGGAACCCCAGGACAAAGAGGAAUCCCCGGAACCCCUGGACUCCCUGGACCAGAAGGACCAAGUGGUUCUUCAGGACUCCCAGGGCAGUCUAUCAAGGGAGAGAAAGGAGAACGAGGUGAGAGAGGUCUCCCAGGAUCAGUCAAUGGGGUCGGUGUAAAAGGUGAACCAGGAAGUCCUGGAUCACCUGGUGCUCAAGGUCAAGCAGGCCCUCGGGGUCCAUCAGGCCUUUCAGGGCAAAAAGGGGAAAAGGGUGAAGCUGGAGAAGGCUUUCCAGGUCCCGCAGGGAGGACAGGAGAUCCAGGAGACAGAGGACCCAGAGGGCCACCUGGUGAACAAGGUGCCAAAGGUGACCGUGGGGUGUCCGGCCAGGAUGGAGAUGGUGGGGAAAAAGGUGAGCGUGGACCUCCGGGAUUUCAAGGGUUCAAGGGCAAUCCAGGACAAAAUGGGUUGACUGGUCCACCAGGUCCCAUGGGCCCUCCAGGCGGAUUGGGACCACGAGGUGACAAGGGUGAUCAAGGUGCUCCUGGAGAACCUGGGAAAUCAACUUUGGAUCUUCCAGGAAUUAAAGGCGAUAAGGGAGAUCGUGGUACAACCGGACCAGAAGGGCUAAAAGGCUCAAGAGGAGAUCAAGGAGAUAAAGGCGAGAGAGGUCCACCAGGAUUGGGAAUACCUGGACAGCCAGGAACAAAGGGAGAACAAGGAGAACGGGGAAACCUUGGCCUUGCUGGAAAGACAGGACAAAAGGGAGAGCCUGGUGAACCAGGGCAGAAUGGGGAAUCUGGAAAACCUGGAGCACCAGGGCAGAUCGGUCUUCGUGGCAAAGAAGGAGAACGUGGAGAAAAAGGAGAUGAAGGAACACCAGGUGAAUCUGGAAUCCCAGGAAAGAAUGGAGAAAGAGGGCCAAGGGGUCUUCCAGGACAAAGAGGCCUUCUAGGAGAAAAGGGGGAUACUGGGGAUCCAGGGGAGUCUGGAAGGAAUGGAAGCCCUGGAGCCCCUGGCACUAAAGGUGAACAAGGCGAUCCAGGAACACAAGGUCCACAAGGACCACCAGGAAAACCAGGCACUGUGGAAUCUGUGGUUGCUGGAGCAAAAGGAGAGAAGGGUGAUGACGGUGACCCUGGUGAACAUGGCAUGAAAGGCGGAAAGGGAGAAGCUGGUGCAAAUGGAGUUCCAGGAGAAAGGGGAUUAGAAGGACUAAGGGGCCCUCAAGGACCUCGGGGAGAGACGGGUGACCGUGGGGCACCAGGUGAAAAGGGGGAACGUGGUCCUCCAGGCAUUGAUGGAAGGAAUGGUUUGGAUGGGAAACCAGGACAGCCAGGCACCCUGGGCCAGAGAGGAGAUGCAGGAAAGCAAGGUGACCCUGGAAGGGAUGGUCUUCCUGGACUUAGAGGAGAGCAGGGCCCCCCUGGACCGAUUGGCACCGUUGGACCACCAGGAAUACCUGGUAAACAAGGAGAAGAUGGAAAACCUGGCCUCAGCGGUAAAAAUGGAGAGGAUGGAACUCCUGGGGAAGAUGGAAGAAAGGGGGACAAAGGAGACGUGGGUUCCACUGGCCGAGACGGUCGUGAUGGUCAAAAAGGAACACAAGGAGAACUAGGUUCGGUAGGCUCCCCUGGUUUACCAGGUGUCCGAGGAAAUCCAGGGCCAAUUGGUCCUCCAGGCCAGGGAAUACCUGGACUAGCUGGUCAACCUGGAUCAAAGGGUGAUCGAGGGGAGCAAGGUGCCAAGGGUGAACAGGGUAGACCAGGUGAAAUGGGAUCUAAAGGAGACCCUGGAAGUGCUGCUAAUGUUGAAAAGUCCCUUGGCAUUUUAGGAAUUAAGAUUUCCUCAUUGAAAGAUCUCAUUGACACCUUUGAUGAUGGUUCAGGUCGCCCCAUCUCCCCACAAAUGAAAAUAAAAGGGGAACCAGGAGCUCCUGGGAACAUAGGUGCUCCAGGAAGAGAUGGAACAAUGGGUUUUCCUGGAGAAAGAGGACAAAAAGGAGAAAAUGGAGAUAUGGGGCUUACUGGGCCCCAAGGGCCACCAGGGCGGGCUAUUGGAGAGAGAGGUCCUGAAGGUCCACCUGGACAAGCUGGUGAUUCAGGCAAACCUGGGAUUCCUGGAAUACCUGGAAAGGCAGGAGAAUCAGGAGAACAAGGGAAACCUGGAGAGAGAGGAGUAAAAGGAGAACGGGGUGAAAGAGGUGAUGAUGGUAAAGAUGGUAUCAGGGGACCAGUUGGACCACCAGGACCAAAGGGGGAAAUUGUAGAGAUUAUUGCAACUGGAUUGCCUGGGGAGAGAGGAUUAACAGGUCCAAGAGGUGUCAAGGGUGAUCCAGGUGCAGAUGGAGAGAAAGGAGCCAAAGGAGAUAAGGGGGUAGAUGGACAAAAAGGAGAUAGAGGUGACCCUGGUGAAAAGGGCAGAGAUGGAGCUCCGGGACCCGUAGGAGAGAGAGGACUGGCAGGGCCAGAAGGAAAGUCGGGUUUGCCCGGUUUCCCUGGAGUUCUUGGACGACCGGGAAACCCAGGAGAGCCAGGUCAGCAGGGCCUCCCAGGCAUUCAGGGUCCCCCUGGAAUAAAGGGCAGCACAGGAGAACCAGGCCCAAGCAUACGGGGACAACCUGGUCCUCAAGGGAUUGCUGGACCUCCUGGAUUGCCUGGUCUGCCAGGCCUUAUAGGACCUCAGGGGCCUCCUGGAGUUCCAGGACAAGUGGGUGAAUCAGGAAAGCCUGGGGUCCCAGGGAGAGAUGGUUCACCAGGCAAAGAUGGGGAACUUGGUCUUCCAGGAAAAAUGGGUAUGCCGGGCCCAAAGGGUCCCAUAGGAGUCAAAGGAGAAGCAGGCGAGCCAGGAACUCCUGGAGAAUUUGUUGUUGGUCCCCUUGGAGCAAAAGGAGAUAAGGGAGCUCCCGGGGACCAGACAGGAGGAAUACCAGGAGAAACUGGGCAGAAAGGAGACAGAGGACUUCCAGGCCCAAGAGGGGAGAGGGGAGAAGCUGGAAGAAAAGGAGACACUGGUGAUCCAGGAGAAGAUGGUUUCAAAGGAUCUUCUGGCCCAAGAGGUGAAAAGGGGGAGACUGGAGUUGGGCUACCUGGACCGGCUGGACAAACUGGACCCCCAGGCUUGAAGGGAGAUGUUGGUUUAUCUGGGCCCCCUGGACCUCCUGGACUGCAGGGCAUUGCAGGGAUACCUGGUCAGCCAGGAUUAAGAGGAGAAGUUGGACAGCUGGGUCCCCGUGGCCAACCAGGGGAAAGGGGUUUGCAGGGAUUUGCAGGGAGAGAGGGGAAUGUGGGACCACAAGGUCCACCUGGAGCACCUGGAGCAAUGGGCCCCGCAGGACCAUCAGGGGUAAAAGGUGAUAAGGGUGAUUCAGGAAUUGGCCAGUUAGGCUCUAGAGGAGAAAGAGGUGAUGCAGGCCCACGGGGAGAGGAUGGUCGCCCAGGGUUAGACGGAGACCGUGGUCCACCAGGUCUUCCUGGAAAUAGAGGAGAAAGAGGAGACAAGGGUGACUCAGGCCCAAUGGGACUAAAAGGAGACAAGGGAGAAACACUCACUAUCGAGGGACCUCCUGGUCCAAGGGGAAACAAAGGAGAAUUGGGGGAUCGAGGGAUAAAAGGUUCAGAUGGGGAAAAGGGGGACAAAGGAGAUCAAGGUCUCCAUGGAGAAAAGGGAGUCAAAGGUGAACAUGGAGACAAAGGUGCCACUGGCUUUGUAGGGGCUCGUGGCCCUGGUGGGCAAAAAGGAGAAACUGGUGCAUUUGGGGAACCAGGAGAGCCUGGCAUGCCGGGAAAAGAUGGGAUCCCAGGAAUUCGAGGAGAAAGAGGAGAACCUGGAAUCCAUGGGCUAAAGGGAAUAAAGGGAAAUCAUGGUAUGAAGGGAAUCUGUGGGCAGGAUGGUGAAAAAGGAGAUAAGGGUGACACUGGAAUGCUUGGACGUCAUGGACUACCAGGAAGGAAAGGAGAUUCUGGGGAACCAGGAAUCCCAGGACAUCCAGGACUGCCUGGAAAGGAAGGACUUGUUGGAGCAAAGGGUGACAGAGGCAUGGAAGGAUUGCAGGGAUCAAAAGGAGACCAAGGAGAAAAAGGGGACAGGGGGUCUGUUGGAAUGGUUGGCCCUGCUGGCCCUAGGGGAGUUGAUGGAUUACCAGGGCCUCCCGGGCCUAUAGGUCCUACUGGUUCAAAGGGUCCAGAAGGUCUUCAGGGACAGAAGGGUGAGAGAGGCCCUCUUGGGGAAUCAACUAUUGGACCACGGGGAAUCCCAGGAAUCCCAGGAGAACGAGGGGAACAGGGUAUGAUUGGUGUAGAUGGUGGAAAAGGAGAAAAGGGGACUCCAGGCAUGACGGAAGAAGACGUUCGAAAUUUUGUAAGGCAGGAAAUGAGCCAAAACUGCGCCUGUGGAGGUUUUCUUUCCAACAAUCCAUCUCCCCCAUCGUAUCCACCUAACCCACGUCUUGUCCCAGUCCCAGCCCUAAAGUUCUCUCAUAUUGAAGAAGAUGAUGGAAAGGAGGUGAAGUUGGUGGUUAACUCUAAUGAUCCUGAAUAUGAACAUGUAUACACAGAAGAGGAUUACAAGGAAUACUUGGAUGAGGAUGGAACAGAAAGUACUCUGUUAGCUGAUGAUGUGACUAUAGCAUCUGAACCAGCUGCAAAUGAGAGAAGGAAAAGAGAUGUAUCAAAUCAAGAUCUAUGCAAUUUCCCAAUGGGGGAGGGAGACUGUGCCAAAUACACCUUGAAAUGGUAUUAUAACCAUGUCGUCGGAGAAUGCCGCCCGUUUGUUUACAGUGGCUGCGGCGGAAACCUCAAUCGAUUUGAUGAGAAGGAACAAUGUGAGCAGCGAUGUGAUCACAGGAAAGCAGCAGCUAAAACACAGCAAGACAGAAGCUAAGAAAACCUACAAAUGGGGAGAAAACUGAUGUACAUUGUAAUUUUUGUAUGGUUUGCCUAGUUUGUAAAAACAAUGCAAUCUGCAAGGUCAACAGGGAAAGACCAGUGUAUUCCUGUGCUGUUACAUCUGGGAAAUUGUUGUGUAUUUUAGAAUAUUAAUAUAAUUCUUACAGCUGUUACUUGUUAUAAAUGGUGCUAUUUUUAUACCACAUCCAAAGUGAAAUUUUUAUCAAGUGAAAUAAGGUCAUUAUAAGAAAUAUAUAAAAUCUGACAAUGCAUUACUGGAACCUCAAACCUUGGCUAAUCUUUUCUGCACACAUUUAUCAUUAGUCGGGAUCCCCAGCUGGCUCGCUAUAUCUACACAUUUCUGGUUAAUUUUAAAUUAGCAUGACUCUAUAAUAAUCACAGAAUCUAUGUCCUUUAUAAACUCUA